AUGGCCCGACAUUACGGUAUUUUGCCUGUUUGCUCCUGACAUCACGCGGAAACGUCACAAAGCGAGAAGGAUUCAAUGGAGAAAUCAUAGUGUCAUUUAGGUCUCGGUAAUUAUAAUAGCGAGAGGUAUGGCGGAAAUAUUCUCAACUUUAUUUGGUCAAAAUGAAACUCAGGGACCGCCCGCUUCGUCGUCUUUGGGGUUCGGAGCCGGGAAGCCUCCGCCGCCUCUACCCCCAAAUCAAGUCUCCGUGGCCGGGCAGAUCCCAGCACAGCUCGGGGAUGAGGGGCCUCUUCUGCGAAAGUCCGGAGCCAUGAAUGAACCGUUUUACUUACUGCGAGAACUACCUGUUGGGAACGAGUUGACUGGUAAUACCAACCUCAUCACGCAUUACAACCUGGAACAUGCUUACAACAAGUUCUGUGGGAAGAAGGUGAAGGAGAAGCUCAGCAACUUUCUACCAGAGUUACCAGGUAUGAUCGACUGUCCUGGGAAUCAAGAUGGCAGCUCACUGCGAUCCCUCAUUGAUAAGCCACCAGUGUCUGGAAAUUCCUUCAGUCCACUCACCGGCGCUUUGCUAACAGGCUUCAGACUACAUACUGGGCCGCUCCCAGAACAGUACCGACUAAUGCACAUACAACCGCCAAAGAAGAAAAGCAAACACAAGCACAAACACCACCGACCGCAGGAUCCAUUACCACAAGCGGAAACGCCGUCAGACACUGACCCCAAGAAGAAAAAGAAAAAGAGAGAUGACGACCCUGAUCGUAAGAAGAAGAAGAAAGACAAGAAAAAGAAGAAGAACCGCCACAGCCCUGAUCACACCGGCCUGGCCGGCUCACAGCCCAACAGCAACAGCCUCAGAUAGGCCCAAGCCCACACGUAUGCCUUCAACAGUGUUGCACAGAUUCGCGUAUUAUUGAAAGUAUGCUGAUGACAAGCUAUUGUGAUCUGCGUCCCUCAAUGACUUUGUUUUAAUAAUGUUUCACCCUGUUUCCAACACAGGUGACCUUUUGUUACGCUCUUUCAUGCUCAUUUCAACAUUAGCCUGAUAGCUUAAUUUCUCAGCAAUAUGACCAGGCACUUACAAUCAAGCCCAAAACAAUUCAUAUCCAGGCUGAGUAAAAAUACACUUGAACUCAAAUUGUCCCUAGGUUGGAAUAGUUUUGGGCUUAAAUGUGCAAAAAGUGACAUUGAGCCACUUUGCUGUGAAUUUAUAGGCUAAAGUGUUUGAAGCAAUUGUAAAUAAAACAUUUUAUACAG